UCCUUAGUGAACAAACCUGGUCGAACAAACUAGACCUCAGCCAUCGGGGGUGUCUGAAAGACAAAAUUCAUUUGAUCUGGAUGGUCCUUGAUAAGAGGGGAAUCAUGACAGCGCAGAGUUGACACUACGAAGGAUGAGUGAGAUACGCAGGGCCCUGCAGUGAGACACACAGAGACAUUGAGACACACAGAGACUUGCUGCGAGACGUACACAGACAGAGACUGUGACUUUGAGACAUAUAGAAGCCUGCAUUGACACCUGGAGUAAUUGUGACAGUGAUACAUUCUUGGAGAAAGAAGCUGAGACAAUUCUAAACAUAGGAACCUACAAUGAAACAAAAAGAGACCGUGCAUGUUGUGAUGAGACAGUGAGAAAUACAGAGACGUGGUUUUUGUGAUGAGAUGCACAAGUCCCUGAUAACUGGCACUACAACACCAUGGGCUCCCGCAUUAAGGAAAACCCAGAGCGGAUAUUUGAUGGCUUUUUUGAGGUUUUGCACCCAGAGUCAGUGAAAGCAGAUCCAAUUCUAAAAAGACAAUUUCCUGAGCAUCUGGAAGACCAGGACUCAUAUGCAGCAUUAGCACAGUUCUGUUUUCCUUUUGAUAAAGCGAGAUGGCAAAAUUCUUCUGUCCAGCAUUUCAGCUUCACUUUGACUGAUCUCCAAGGCUAUCAGAGAUUAGGUUUCUGUCGCUUGUCCAUCCAGGCCAAAAGCUGCAUCUGCAUCUUAAGCUGUCUUCCCUGGUUUGAACUUUUCUACAAACUUCUCAACAAUAUUGCCGAGUAUUUGGCGAAGGAGCAGUUCAAUGAGGUGGACUUACUCCUGCAGGCCCUGUAUCAGCACCCAGUUCCAGAGAUCAACACAGCCCUGAGUCUGGAAAUGUUGUCACACUUCAUUACUCCUGAUCCUACACGACUUCCAUCCAUCCCAGAGAAUAGGAACCUGACUGAAUUCAUGGUGGCUGUUCAUGUAGACACAAUGCUGCAGUUGUAUUCUAGCCUUCUGUAUGAGCGAAGAAUUCUCAUUACCUGCACCAAACUCAGCACUCUCACAGCAUGUGUACAUGCCUCUGCAGCCCUGCUGUACCCCAUGUAUUGGCAGCACAUCUACAUUCCCACACUACCACCCCAUCUACUGGAUUACAUCGGAGCCCCAAUGCCUUACUUGAUUGGUGUACACAGCAGUCUAAUGGAGCAAAUGAACACCAAGACUAUGGAAGAAGUGGUGAUUUUUAACGUGGACACGAACAGCCUAGAAACGCCUUUUCAAGACUUGCAGAACCUGCCCCCCAAUGUGGUCUCUCUGCUAAAGCUCCGUCUAAGGAAACAGUCAGCGCUGAUGGGUGAUGGGGUGUCCAAAGUUUUUCUGAAAGCUCAGGCAAUGCUGUUUGGUGGAUACAGAGAUGCCCUCAUCUGUACUCCGGGCGAACCCAUAUCUUUUUGUCAGGAGUCCUUCCUGAACAACAAGUGCAGUGCAAUGAGGGGUUUUCUUCAGAACGCAGUCCAUCUCCAGCUAUUUAACCAGUUUAUAGACAGUCGCCUGGAAAAGUUAAAUGCUGGAGAUGGCUUCACGGACAUCUUUGAACAGGAGAUCACUAACUGUGGUCUGUCAGGAAACUCCAAAUCCUAUCAACUCUGGCUGGAUAAUAUUAAGAAAGGAAGUGGUUCCCUCAUAAACAAUGUGAAGACCCGUGCACAUCCUGCAGUCCGGAACAUGCUGAGAUAUGCAAAAGGGCAAGCAAGAUCUGGUCUGCAGGGAAUGAGAAGUCGCAUGAAACAGAAGGAACAGCGUCAACUCCACCGCGGGGGCUCACUCAGGGGAGAUGGGGGUCUAACACAGAACCAUGAGAAAUUGCAGAGCCGACUUCCAAUCACACAGCACUUUGGGCAGUCACGUCCCAAGAGGCCAGGAAAGAGAUAUAUGGAGAGUGAUUCCUGGGAAUCCCAAAGUCAUCCCCAAGAGGAAACAGGUAAAGAAAGUGAAGUAGUGGCAGAAGCAGAGGAUGAGUUUCCUUUGAUGGAAGACCAGGGCAUGGACCUGCUGGAUGAAAUCUUUGAAACACUGAACACAAGAGCACCUGGGGAGGAACGUGCAUUAUAUGGAACACAUAGCUUGGACUUCUUCAAUCUUGAUGACAGUCAAUACUUUACAAGGUUUCAGUCUAUAAGCCCAACAAGUGAGGAAGAUCUCAGUAUAAGUCAGCCUAGAGAUUCUUGUCUCUGGUACCUACAAGAGGAGGAUGAAGGGUCCUUGGACGAAACCAAUACAUCUCCAGAACCUACGUCACUAACAUCAGACAGCACGUCAAUGAACAUAGAAGAUAUUUCACAGACCACAAAUGACAUUCCACCAUCUGUCUUAGUCGCUUCACCAAUAUCAGAGAUCAUCUUGCCAACCACAAAGUUCACCUUACCUUCAUUAGCCCUAAAUGACACUUCAGAAAUACAGGAGGUCACAACCUUAGCCGAAGCACGAACAUCUCUAGAAAAUGAGGUCAAGUUAUUAACCAAAGAGGUUGCAUUACUGUCUAAAGAGGAUACUCUGCCAACAGAGGACAUCAAAGCACAAGUCAACAUGGACAUCCCUACACAAAAAGUAGAGGUAAUCUCACUAGCCAAUGUAGUCACAUCACAAAUCAAAGACAACCCAGCAACACCAGAGUCUGCAGUUUCAUCCACAGGUAGCUCUACAAAAACCCCAGAGAACAUAGUUCCAGUUACGGGUAUCUCUUCAACGCCAGAGUCUGUAGUUCCAGCCACUAUUACACAAAAAAGUGCAACCACAGAAGGUCCAACUCCUAAUCAUUAUAAAACAACUGAGAAGGAUACGGAGUGUACAAACCAAGGUGCCUCAUACAGUGUGUCAGGUCCUAGUGUACGAACAACUCUCUCUCGAUUCCAGAGUGGUCCUUUGGACCCUCGACUUAUGUGGCCUGGAACAAAAAAGGAUGCAGCACAAAAAGUAAUUCAUUUCAUUAAUCAGCAACAGAAAAACAACCCUCAAACUCCCUGCACUCUUAACAUGAUCCCCAGAAACACCAGCAAUUCCAAACUCAAAAUGCAAUCAGAUUUAAGUCCGACAACCAACAACCCAAAAUCCAUCCAAGCACUGAAUGCUAAUGCUUCAAUUUCAAUUCCAAAAAGAGAACGUGUAGAUCAAGAAGUUUCCCCAGAAUCAGCAGACUUGAGACUCAAGUCUCUCCCUAAAGUUUCUGAGCUGAAGAAAAGAUUUGAAGUUUAACAAAUUAAUGACC